GUUCUGCUCCGGGCACCUCUGUGAGCUGAAGGGGGCGGGAGCUGCAGCCUUGAAGUAAGAAAAGGAAGAAGGGAAAGGAGCGGGGAGAGGGUGAGCGGUGCCGGAUAGCGGGGCGCGGUGGGCUGAGCCUCGCUGGGGACCGCGGGUUCGUUCGAGGAGGAGGAGGCGGGAGAGGAUGCGGCGGGGCAGGGAUGCUGCGCCUAAACCCCCUUCUGCCUGAGGAGAACAACACCAUCCUCCGAGGGGAAGGACGAAAGUGGGGAGAAGGCGGCCGAGCUCGCACAGAGCCUGCUGAGCUCUUCCGAGGACUGCCCGCCUGACACCCCAGCAAAGUUUCCGGACCUCGGUGACGAGAGGGGAGGAGGGAUGUGAGAUCCUUCUCCUCCCAGCGCACAGCUGGGCUUCCACCCCUGGCAUUGCUGGGACUAGCCAUGGCUUUGUCAUCCCGGACCGAAGGGUGAAGGGGAGACCCGGGGCACCCGUUCUCCCCAUCGCUUUCCCUGGCUCCACGUUCCAGCCCAGGGAUUUCCAGGCAGCAGGAGACCGGAGCUAGCCUUCUCAUCACAGCAUACACCCCGUGAGGAUUGAAGUGACCACUGAGACCCAUCUCAACAUGUUCAGCGAAAAGAGCAGCGCCUCUUUGUCCCAAAAACCCAUCCAGAAAAAGACUCGACCCCAGGGCCUCCCCUCCCCUGCUCUCUGCUGCGCUUGUGGACUUUGCAUCAUGCUGGCAGGGAUCAACAUCACUUUAGUGGGAGCAUUUGCCUUUGGGACCUUCCUCCCUGUGAACAACCCUCCCAUCAUCAUUGGACCCAUCCUGUUGGUGGUGGCCUUCACGUUCUUCGGUGCCUGCUGCAUCUGCAGCCGGAGGCCCCCCGCUCAUGGGGCCAGGAAAUCCAAACCAGGUUCCAACAUUGGGCUCAUCAAACCUGGCAACACAGCCUUUGAAAUUGAAACUAGUGAGCACACGGUGCAGGACACCACUGCUGUUCAGCUGAGCCCCACAAAUUCCCCCAUCUCCUCCAAAAAGUCCACACCGGUUCAUGAGAACGCCAAGACUUGCAAACUCUUCACCAUGGAAGGCAACGGGCCAGUGGCCAAAUACACCACAGGAGGAGAGGCCAUACAGCUCAACUUGCCCAGGGACAUGGCUGCAUCCUAAACCCAGGCAGAGCUUUUGUCAGCAGCCAGCCAAACACUGCAGUGGGUGGGCUGGAAAACCCUGGUGUACCAUCAGUCAGAGGUGUGGGGAAGGUGCUUGUGAGAAGCCAGUAGACAGUCAGGUCUCUCUGGACCAAUUUAAGGGAGGAGGAUGCAACAGCUGAAAAAAAAAAACAAACAGAUUUUUGCUGAAACAUGACCAUUAUUUGUUUUUAAAAGAAAACUGAUAAUGAUGUUGCCUUGAAAAGAUGACUCUGAGUUCCUGGAAAUACACUGCCUUUUUUGGGGGAGCAGAUAGGAGGAGGGGAAUGAAUUAAUUUGUCCAGUAUAACGUGGAAAUGUGAUGGUUGGAAGAGGAGGCUACAUGGGACUGACAAAUGACAGAUCUUUCUUCUCGGAAGUGAAGCAAUUCUUGGGCAUAAAAGAAGCAGGAAUGCAGUAAAUUACAGCUUGCUGCUACUCAGUCACAAGAUGAUUUGAGCAUUUUUAGUGCCAGACUUUUUGACAGUAGGGACAAAGCUAUGUGUUUGCUAUUGGAAAAGCAUUGUGAAACAAUCCCCCCCUGUUGAAAAUCCUUGCAACAUCUUGCCUUCGUUUGGGUGAUUUUACCACCCAUUCUAAGAGAAGGAAUCACAAGGAUCACAAUUAGCCUUGAUGUUUUCCUCUUUUGUUAAUGAGUUUGAGCUGCAGCUGUGCUACUCCACGAAGUAUUUAUUUUGGAAGGUCAGGCAGGCUGAAUCCUGGAGUAACCAGAGACUAACAGGAACCUGGAAGUGAAAUUUUUGGGCAAUGAUUAUGUACUGAGCACUAGGCAACUUCCUUCCCAUAUUCUUGUGGAAGGCUGGCCUGGGACACAUAUCACCUUGGGGCAGCGAGUAGAUAACUGUGUGGGCUUCAGUAUAGCUGUGCUGGAAGAUGGUGAGAGGAUCUCAUUCCCUGAAGUGACUGUGGGAUCCUUUACAAGGAGUGGAUCUCCUUGCUGCAGGAAACGGGAUGUUCAGUGUACUCGUGGUCUUUGAAAAGCAAUGGGAUGAGCUUGCAGAUGGGAACUUACUGAGAGCUGUUCUAAACAGAGACACCCCCUCUGCCCUGGAAAGACCCCAAUCUGAUGAAUUAGUGCUGCAAAGGAUUUGUGUUGUGACAGGACCGCAAGCAGAGCUCUGCAUGACCAGGCUGUGAGAGCCACAUGACUGGUGUGCUGGUUAAGCGAGGGCACGUGUGGUCAUGGGGGAGCUGCAGAGAAGCGCCUCAGUGCUGUGCAGUCCAUGCAUGUGGUGUCCUGGUUGCUCUGGGCAGCCACCGUGCAGCUGAUGACCCCUUCGUGAACUUGGGUAGGAUAAGGUGGGACUGAAAAAUUCCUUCAUGAAAGGUGACUGAACACUCAGUCCUAAUGUGGG